CUUCUUUCUCUCUCUCUCUCUGUCUAUCCGUCUUUACGCCCUUCCCCUGGCUGACAAGAGCAGCCAAGAAAGAGGACAGAGAGGAGAGAAGAGAGAGAGAGAGAGAGUGUGUGUGUCUACCACCAAACCCUCUGACCCCUAGUAAAGAAGGGGGGAAACCCACACGCGCACGCACACUCUCUCUCUAGGAAUGAGGAAGAGGGCGGUACUCCACUAAUGGCCUCGGCAGCGUCGUCGUCUGCACCAGGGGUGGCGACUUCGGACGCGCCACCACUGGAAGUGCCGCCGUGGCUGAAGUCGCUGCCAUUGGCGCCGGAGUUCCACCCCACGCUGCAGGAGUUCCAGGACCCCAUCGCCUACAUCCUCAAGAUCGAGAAGGAGGCCGCCGCCUACGGCAUCUGCAAGAUCGUUCCGCCCCUCCCCCCGGCCCCCAAGAAGACCGCCGUCGCUAACCUCAACCGCUCCUUCGCCGCCCGCGACCCCGGUGGCAGGAAACCCCCCACCUUCACCACCCGCCAGCAGCAGAUCGGCUUCUGCCCCCGCCGCCCCCGCCCCGUCCAGAAGCCCGUCUGGCAGAGCGGCGAGCACUACACACUCCAGCAGUUCGAGACCAAGGCCCGCCAAUUCGAGCGCUCCCAUCUCCGUCGGGGCGGCGGCGGAGGCGGCGGGCGCAAGGCCUCCUCCGCCGCCGCCACCGCCCCCACCGCCCUCUCCCCGCUCGAGAUCGAGACCCUCUUCUGGCGGGCCGCCGCCGACAAGCCCUUCUCGAUCGAGUACGCCAACGACAUGCCCGGGUCAGGGUUCGCGCCGAUGCCUGCUGCCGGCCGGCGCUGGCGCGAGGAGGCCCUGGCCAACGUCGGGGAGUCUGCGUGGAACAUGCGGGGCGUGUCGCGUGCCAAGGGCUCGCUCCUCCGGUUCAUGAAGGAGGAGAUCCCCGGGGUGACAUCCCCCAUGGUGUACGUAGCCAUGUUGUUCAGCUGGUUUGCGUGGCAUGUCGAGGACCACGAGCUGCACAGCUUGAAUUACCUGCAUAUGGGUGCAGGCAAGACGUGGUACGGGGUGCCCAGGGAUGCUGGACAAGCAUUCGAGGAGGUGAUCCGGGUGCACGGCUAUGGCGGGGAGGUGAAUCCUCUCGUGACUUUUGCACUCCUGGGUGAGAAGACUACUGUUAUGUCUCCCGAAGUACUUGUUGGAGCGGGAAUCCCAUGCUGCAGGUUGGUUCAGAAUGCUGGAGAUUUUGUUGUCACGUUUCCUGGGGCUUAUCAUUCAGGGUUUAGUCAUGGAUUUAAUUGUGGGGAGGCAGCAAAUAUUGCUACACCUGAAUGGUUAAGAUUCGCCAAAGAAGCUGCAGUUCGGAGGGCUUCAAUAAACUAUCCUCCUAUGGUGUCUCAUUUCCAGUUGCUAUAUGCACUGGCACUGUCUUUAUGCACAAGGAUGCCAAUAAGUGACGGAAGUGAGCCACGAAGUUCUAGAUUGAAAGAUAAGAUGAAAGGAGACGGAGAAGAGAUGGUCAAAAAUGCAUUUGUUCAAAAUGUGAUCCAAAAUAAUCACCUACUUAGUGUUCUUCUUGACAUGGGAGCAUCCUGUGUUGUUCUUCCGAAAAAAGCACCUGAAAUUCCUUUAUGUUCUAAUUCACUUGUUAGAAAUCAAGUCAAGGUAAAGCCAAGAUUAUCACAUGGCUUAUGUAACCAUCAGGAAGCUUUAGAAGCAUCACGAAUUAUACCUUCCAAUGAUGCUGGUCUGGGCUUGAAUGCAAGGGUUAGAGACUUCAGUGGGUUAUUUUCAUUUAGAGGAAAUUCUACAUCAGUAGAAAAUGGUAAUAUGAUUUCAUCAGGCUCAUGCAACAAAUAUUUUCGUGCUGAUCUCUUCUCUUCCUCAUCUGAUUCACAAAAUUUGGAAGGUGAAAAAGAAGGGACGAUACAAGGCAACGGGUUGCUAGAUCAAGGACUAUUGUCAUGUGUCACAUGUGGGAUUUUGAGCUUUGCAUGUGUGGCUGUCAUUCAACUAAAUGAGGCAACAGCAAAAUAUCUUAUGUCUGCAAACUGUGCUUUCCUUAAUGAUCAUAUUAUUGGCUCAGGAGAAGUUAGUGGCAUAAGCGGAGAUACAAAUUGGAAGACCAGCAGAAACAACCUGAUUACUGACAUUGUUCAGGUUUCGGACCAGAGCAUGGAAAUAGUUUCUGAUGUUACAUGUCCGAGAGGUGCUUCUGCACUUGAUCUUUUAGCUUCUGCUUAUGCGGAUUCAUCAGACGUUGAGGAUGAAGAUAUUCCACAUGAGAAGUUUAUGUGCUUUGAUAAAAAUGGCAUGAAUGAGUCCUCAGAAAUACAUGGUGCCAUUCAGCACUUCAAAACUGCAAUUGAACCCCAAGUCCUCUGUUCAAGGGAGGUUGCACAUGAGGAAACAUACAUGCACUUGGAUGGAGCAGACAACCAAAUUGGUAUGUCUGCUCAGAGUUCUCGUGUUGCUGAUGUAUCAGAUACUUUAAAUGGACAUGCUAACGAUGUUGUGGACAACAGUUGCCAACAAAAAUCAGAGUUCUCUAGCAUGAAUCAGCUAGAAGAUAGUAAAUUAGUAAGUAUAUCUGAUUUAGAGGAUAACGGGGUGAUGGCAACUUCUAAUGCUUCAGUAAAGUUUGUGGAGGAGCCUAAAGAUGUGCAUGUCAGGGACCUAGAUGAUGAUUGUCAGAAUGCUGGAACUACUGAAAUUUAUUGCAGCAGCUUCAAGUCAACUUCUGUUUCGACAGAAAUCUCUGUCAAUCAUGAUUUCUGUGGCAACCCAGUUGUGCCAGAAAAAAGUACAGCGAUGCAUCCAGAAUUAAGAAAUGUUGAUCCAAAAAUGACUAGCUCAACAGGAUUAGUUAUGCAAGGAUCUGACAAAGAUUCUUCAAGAAUGCAUGUAUUCUGUCUUGAGCAUGCUGCAGAGGUUGAAAAACAACUUCAGCCGAUAGGUGGGGUGCAUAUGAUGCUUCUUUGUCAUCCAGACUAUCCCAAAAUAGAAUCAGAAGCAAAGUUGUUGGCGGAAGAACUAGGAAUUGGUUAUAUAUGGAAAGAUGUGAAGUUCCGGGAGGCAAAUAAACAAGAUCAAGAAAGAAUCAAAGUGGCCUUAGAGGAUGAAGAAGUCAUGCCCAUGAAUAGUGAUUGGACAGUGAAACUGGGAAUCAACCUGUAUUAUACUGCCAACCUUAGCAAAUCUCCCCUCUACAGCAAGCAAAUGCCAUAUAAUCCAAUUAUAUACAAGGUUUUUGGUCGCAAUUCCAUGGGUAACUCCCCUGUAAAGCCAAAGGCCAACGGGAGGCGCCCAGGAAGACAGAGGAAAAUAGUUGUUGCUGGUAGGUGGUGUGGAAAGGUUUGGAUGUCAAACCAGGUCCACCCGUAUUUAGCCCACAGAAUGGAAUCUCAGGAGCAAGAACAUACAGAAGAGCUUUAUUCACUUGAUAUCGAUCAGAAGCCUUUGAUCGAGAUAGAUAUUGAGCAUUCCAGCAAAGCAUCAUCCAAAAGGAACUCAUCAGGUAGUAGUGUGGCAACAAAAAAUUCUGGAAAGAAGAGGAAGAAGCCUUCGAGCAAGGCAAAAUCCAAGAAACGCAGAUGCACCAUGGCAGAUGCAGAUUCAAAAUCUGAAGAUGUAUCCGGAACUUCUGCAUCCUCGCUGGGGAGAACUUUGAGAAGCAACCAUCGCAGGCAGAAUGUAAGCACUAGCCUACAGAAAUCGAGUUUGAAAGAUGAAUCAGGAGGCCCUAGCACGCGUCUCAGGAACCGAUCAUCCAAGUGUGAAGAGGUUAAGAAAAAAUUAGCUAUCAAGAAGCAAUCUAGAAAGAAGAAAGCCAAUACUCCUCAAACUGCAAACCUUGCACUCAAGGAUGAGGAGCAAGAAUUUACAUGUGAUAUUGAGGGGUGCACUAUGAGCUUCAGCACGAAGCAAGAUCUAGCCUUACACAAGCGGGACAUUUGCCCUGUUAAAGGGUGCGGGAAGAAGUUCUUCUCACACAAGUAUCUAGUGCAGCACCGGAAGGUGCACAUGGAUGACCGGCCCUUGGUUUGUCCGUGGAAGGGGUGCAAGAUGACAUUCAAGUGGCCAUGGGCACGAACUGAACAUAUAAGGGUGCAUACUGGUGAUCGCCCUUACGUCUGCUGGGAACCAGGGUGUGGCCAGACAUUCCGGUUUGUAUCAGAUUUCAGCCGUCACAAGCGCAAAACUGGCCAUUCGGCAAAAAAGGGCCGAAGAUGACCAAGUAUGAAGACGAUGGAGUCUCAUCUGAUGCAGGAGGAGAAUCUGGCGGUUGUACAUUAAUGUUCUUGAUUAAAAUUGUUAUCGCUUGUUGAUCAAGAUAGGGUAGGAGCCUAGCUGCAUUUUCUUUUUUUGCCUUGGUUAGUCAACACUAAUCUUUCUAUCAUUAAUCCAAUCAAUUCGACAUUGAUUUCUAAGUUA